AUGGAUCGAAAAAAUAAUUUAAAAAAUUAUCUCGCUGCGGUGGCAAUUUUCUCGGUUUUCGCGGGAAUAAAUACCGCUAAAAUUUCUCUUGGUCAAUUAGCAGCGGGCGAUGUUGUUAAUGACGUGAAUUUAGAUCAACUUACUGGUGAACUUGUGGGCAAUUUGUUCCACGGCGAAACGGGAGGACAGUACGUGAAAAAGCAUUUAGAAAAGUACUGGAAAAGUUUUUCUCAUAUCGUGGCAUUUAAUUGCAAAAAUACUUCCAUUCAUGCUGGCUACUUUCCGAAUAUUAAUGUUGAAGCUUUAAAAAAAAUCGGUUUUAAUAACAGUAAAUUAACUGGAAAUGUCCUCGGUAUUGACGAUCGCUACGUAGGUAAUGAUUACAUGUGUUUUUCAUUCAAAUUUUGCGAUGCCAGUGUCGAAGAAUCUGUUUUGAUCGAAUUGAAAAAUCCAAGUGACUAUCCGGAAGAUGUUAAACGCUGGAUUGAACAAACGGGACUUUCGGGAGCUUGGAGGAAGAAUGAAACUUCUUAUGUCUCGUCGAUUUUUACCGGCGAUUGUGUAUACCAGAUUUUGGUCUUUGAAAAACCCGAGUCGAGAAUUGGACCUUAUAAUUACAGAAAACACACUCCUAUUCACAUUGGUCGGAUAUCUUCAGCAAGUCACAACGCAACCCUCGAAAACUGGACUAGUGAUUUGUUAAAUAGAACUGGCCAAUCAUUGGGCUUUCUUAAAGCUGAAGAGAGAGCUGAAAUUCACAAGCAAUUUAACAAUGCAGCUGUCAUUCAGCUAGAGUUAAAAUUGCUUCCGGCAAUUGAUUCUCAAAACUAA